AUGUCACUCAUCGGAGUAGACGAUCGCCUGGAGCAUCAAGUUAACCGCCUUUUCGACGACUUUAUUAAUGAUCUUAGAACGACAAGACGCGGGGAAACAACUAGACGACCUAACAAUGAUCGACAAAAGUGGGCUCCACUCAUUGAUGUUCACGAAAGGGAUAAGGAUUAUGUUGUGACCGCCGAACUACCGGGUGUUAAGAAAGAUCAAAUAAACUUGGACGUACGUGAAAACACUCUGGUGAUAUCUGGCGAGACCAAAAAGGAUCAACAGUUCAAUGAAGGCAAUGCUCACGUUAGAGAACGUCGUUGGGGCAGUUUCUCACGUUCAAUCGGCCUGCCGAAUAACAUAAAGGCUGCAGAAAUUAGUGCAAAGUUUAAUGACGGUGUCCUAGAAGUAACGAUUCCAAAGAUCGAAGCUGUCCAACCGAAGAAGAUUACAAUUAACUGA